AUGAACGACGAAACACAAUUCACAGAAAGAGCCCUAACGAUUUUGACAUUGGCUCAAAAAUUGGCUUCAGACCAUCAACAUCCUCAAUUACAACCUAUACAUAUUCUAGCCGCCUUCAUUGAAACGCCUGAGGAUGGAUCUGUCCCAUAUCUCCAGAACCUGAUUGAAAAGGGCCGUUACGACUAUGAUCUUUUCAAAAAAGUGGUUAAUAGGAAUUUGGUAAGGAUUCCUCAACAGCAACCUGCACCUGCUGAGAUAACUCCAAGUUACGCUCUGGGUAAAGUACUACAGGAUGCCGCCAAGAUUCAGAAACAACAGAAGGAUUCAUUCAUAGCCCAAGACCAUAUAUUAUUUGCUCUUUUCAACGAUUCAUCUAUUCAGCAAAUCUUCAAGGAAUCUCAAGUAGACAUCGAGGCCAUCAAGCAACAGGCUCUCGAACUUCGUGGUAAUUCAAGAAUUGACUCCCGUGGUGCUGAUACAAACACUCCUUUGGAAUACUUAUCUAAAUAUGCCAUUGACAUGACCGAACAAGCCCGUCAAGGUAAACUGGAUCCUGUCAUUGGUCGUGAAGAAGAAAUCAGAAGCACCAUUAGAGUCCUAGCAAGAAGAAUCAAGUCUAACCCAUGUUUGAUUGGUGAGCCAGGUAUUGGUAAGACUGCUAUCAUUGAAGGUGUUGCUCAAAGAAUCAUUGAUGAUGAUGUCCCCACGAUUUUACAAAACGCAAAACUAUUUAGUUUGGAUUUGGCUGCUUUAACCGCAGGUGCCAAGUAUAAAGGUGAUUUUGAAGAAAGAUUCAAGGGUGUGUUGAAGGAAAUUGAAGAAUCCAAGACUUUGAUUGUUUUAUUCAUUGAUGAAAUUCAUAUGUUGAUGGGUAACGGUAAAGAUGAUGCUGCUAACAUCUUGAAGCCAGCUUUGUCCAGAGGUCAAUUGAAAGUCAUCGGUGCCACCACAAAUAACGAAUACAGAUCCAUUGUGGAAAAGGACGGUGCUUUUGAAAGAAGAUUCCAAAAAAUUGAAGUCGCUGAGCCAAGUGUAAGACAAACUGUGGCUAUCUUGAGAGGUUUACAGCCAAAAUAUGAAAUUCAUCACGGUGUAAGAAUCCUGGAUAGUGCCUUAGUCACUGCGGCUCAAUUGGCAAAACGUUACUUACCUUAUAGAAGAUUGCCAGAUUCUGCUUUAGAUUUAGUUGAUAUUUCUUGUGCAGGUGUUGCUGUCGCAAGAGAUUCCAAACCAGAAGAAUUAGACUCCAAAGAGCGUCAACUACAAUUGAUCCAGGUCGAAAUUAAGGCUUUGGAAAGAGAUGAAGAUGCUGAUUCUACCACAAAGGACAGAUUAAAGUUGGCAAGACAAAAGGAGGCUUCUUUGCAGGAAGAACUGGAACCAUUGAGACAACGUUAUAACGAAGAAAAGCAUGGUCAUGAAGAAUUAACCCAAGCUAAAAAGAAGUUGGAUGAAUUGGAAAAUAAGGCCCUUGAUGCUGAACGUAGAUACGAUACCGCCACUGCUGCUGAUUUGAGAUACUUUGCUAUCCCAGACAUUAAGAAGCAAAUCGACAGGUUCGAACAACAAGUCGCUGAGGAAGAAACCCGUGCUGGUCCCAACUCUAUGAUUCAAAACGUAGUUAACUCAGAUACCAUUUCCGAAACAGCCGCAAGAUUAACAGGUAUCCCGGUAAAGAAGUUAUCAGAAUCCGAAAAUGAAAAAUUGAUUCAUAUGGAACGUGACUUGUCUUCCGAAGUCGUGGGUCAAAUGGAUGCCAUCAAAGCCGUCUCAAAUGCCGUGAGAUUAUCUAGAUCAGGUUUAUCCAAUCCAAGGCAACCUGCAUCUUUCUUAUUCUUAGGGUUGUCAGGUUCGGGUAAAACUGAGUUAGCCAAGAAGGUUGCUGGAUUUUUGUUUAAUGACGAAGAUAUGAUGAUUAGAGUCGACUGUUCUGAAUUAAGCGAGAAAUAUGCAGUUUCAAAACUGUUAGGUACCACCGCAGGUUAUGUUGGGUAUGAUGAGGGUGGGUUUUUAACCAACCAACUGCAAUACAAGCCAUACUCUGUUUUGUUAUUCGAUGAAGUGGAAAAAGCCCAUCCAGAUGUUCUAACUGUCAUGUUACAGAUGUUGGAUGAUGGUAGAAUUACUUCCGGUCAAGGUAAGACAAUUGAUUGCUCUAAUUGUAUUAUCAUCAUGACCUCUAAUCUAGGUGCUGAAUUCAUCAAUUCCCAACAAGGAGCCAAAAUCCAAGAUUCGACCAAAAAUUUAGUCAUGGGUGCUGUUAAACAACACUUCAGACCAGAAUUUUUGAACAGAAUUUCCAGUAUUGUUGUUUUCAACAAACUUUCAAGAAAGGCUAUCCAUAAGAUCGUGGAUAUUCGCUUGAAGGAAAUUGAAGAGAGGUUUGAACAAAACGACAAACAUUAUAAAUUGAACUUGACGCAGGAAGCCAAGGAUUUCCUAGCCAGAUAUGGUUAUUCCGAUGAUAUGGGUGCACGUCCAUUAAACAGAUUGAUUCAAAACGAAAUUUUGAACAAGUUAGCUCUCAGAAUCUUGAAGAAUGAAAUCAAAGAUAAGGAAACAGUUAACGUUGUUUUGAAGAAGGGUAAAUCCCGUGAUGAAAAUGUCUCUGGUGGAGCUGAGGAAUGCUUGGAAGUCUUACCAAACCACGAGGCUACUACAAGUGCUGACACAUUAAACUAUGAUGACAAUGAAGACAGUAUGGAAAUCGAUGAUGAGCUAGAUUAG